GCUGCCUAUCCCUGUCCUACACCCAAGCUACAGAUAUUUGCCACUAUUCUCUCAGUUUGACAAUCAUUUUUACUCAGAUGUAAACCCAAUCAGGGUAAGGAAUCUUUUGUAAAUCAAUAUUUUCAAAUCUGAACUUCUUCCUUCUCACAAGCUAAUCUCUGUUGCAAUACUCUUAUGAUUUCCUGCUGGAUUCAGACCUGGAAAUGCAGUCCAGUCCAGCAAUAUUCCAGUCAGAGGCACUAAAACAUGGCUACCAUGCAGCAAUUUUCUUUCACCUUAUGGCCUGCAGAUGUAUUGGAUUCAGAGGUUUUCCGCACACAAGUAGGCUUUGGGGAAAUAUCCAUUUCUGCACCCACCAACUUUUCUAUGGAAAUAUAUAAUGUGGUUUUCAUCCCCUCAAUUGUUUGUAGCACAUUUACUUGUAGCCAAGUAAAUGGGAGGUAGAGAUAAAGCAAAAUCCUGGAAUAAAUAAUCACUUGAAUCAGUAUUAAUCUACCUGUUUAUUUCAUAUAUUGAAUAAUUCUAGUUUGGCCCCAAACUCUGUAAAGUAUUAUCCCUCUAACAACUUAAGGGCCUUAAGGAUACCUGAUUGGACAACACUUAUUGGGGUGUUGGAGUAUCUUCAGUUAACAAUUCUGGCGGGCAUAAGGGUAAAUAUGGACACUGAACUCCUGAACUCUGUUGGACUUGUUUCCAAGAAAAGAGGCAUCAAUCGGCUAAUGCAAUUUCAAAGCGUUCUUUCUUCUUCCUUUGGGAAAUAUCGUUAACAAAUUGAUUGGGCAAUUUAAUCAAAUCAGUUUGAAAGUAUCUUGCCUUUUCUCGCGGACUCCUAGAGCGCCAGGAGAAAAAAGAAACGGGGAUUUAAGCAUCCUUUGUGGGAAAAGCCUCUAGCUCUUGGACGCUGCCAGGUUCGCACUGAAAAGCGGCCGUCCCUCUCGACCUCCGCAGCUUCCCCAGCGCUUUUCAAGCGGGCGCUCCACCUCUGCCUCUAUUUCAUCUGGGCCGCCUCAGCGCCUUGCAGAAAAGCUGGUCCUUCUACCAGUUGCGCUGUUCCCGGCAGCCCGUCCGCCGCCUUGGGCCACCCAGAUGGCUUUUUUCUUAUAUUUGAACCAGUAGCUGUUUCUAAAGAGGCGCCGUCAUCUCCCUCCACCCAGGCCUAGAAGCACGAGAAAAGAUCCGGACCCCUCGGGCAGACUCCCCGUCCUUUGGACAGCCUGCCCCUCUGCUCGAGCGCCCGGCGCCCCGCAUCCUUCCUAGCUACCUUUCCUCCACCCCUCCUUCUCCACAUACACCCCGUCCCAUUGCCGCCUACUUCUACGGUCGACCAAUCGGCGCUCGCUGAUCCGUGCGGGCCCCAUCCUUCCUCAUCCCAAGCUGUGGUCCAGCCCAAUUGUUUAUUCAGUGGCUGGGCCAACGGCACGCGCCGGGCGCACGCACUUGCAACAACAAACCUUGGAAGGGGAGAGGUGGAGGGGAGAAGAAGGGGCGGAGCCCGGCCCAACGCGUGUGCGGGGUUUUCGCCGGGGUCUCUGCGUGUGCACGCGCGGGCGGGGCGGAUGGGGGACGCUUCCCUCCGUAUCGCGCUUUCCUCGCCACCCAUCUAUCCAGUCCUUCCUCACCCCACCCCACCCUCCCCGCAAUGAAAAAGCGGCAGCUCUCUUCCGCUCACUGCCACUCACUGUAAAAGCCGGGAGCGUGGAAGGCGCAAGGUGCAGGGUGGGUGUGAGGAGACGGAGAGGGAGCCGAAGUGGGAGGAGGAGGAGGCGCGAGCGUAGGGGGGGGGAGUGAAGUGUGAAAAGAAGAGCGGGGGGGGGUGAGAGACGGUAAGCGGAGCUUCGGCCAUCCCUUAUAAGAGAGACAAUCUCUGGUCCUUUUUUGGCAAAAGAGCUUUGGCCAAGCAGGCUGCACACACGCGAGCGCCACGAGCCUCCUUCGAUUGCAAAGAAAGGGGAGGAGGGAAAGCAAGCGGUGCCAUCGGAGCUCGCUCGCUUUCUAUCUUCUGCAAGCCUUCCCCCCCCCCCCUUUCCCUUCCAGAUUCACUACUCUACCUCCCUCGCGCCUAAGGCCAGCAUACGCCGCGAGCCCCGCCGCGCGCCUUGCCUCCUCCGUGCGGCCGCCCAAUGGCCAGUGGCAGCCCUGCCAAGAUGGACAGCAGCGCCAGCCAGCCUCCGCCUCCCCCGCCGUUCCUCCAGCCCGCCUGCUUCUUCGCGGCCGCCGCUGCGGCCGCCGCAGUAGCCGCUUCACACAGCGCGCAGCAGCAGCAGCAGCAGCUGAGCCCGGCGGCGGGCAGCCAACAGAACCAGCCCUCUCCGGGCGUCGCCAAAGCGUCUGCUGCGGCUGCGCCGAAGCAGCCUCAGCAGCAGGUCAAGCGGCAGCGCUCGGCGUCGCCGGAGUUGAUGCGCUGCAAGAGACGCCUCAACUUCAGCGGCUUCGGCUACAGUCUUCCUCAGCAGCAGCCGGCGGCGGUGGCGCGGCGGAACGAGCGCGAGAGGAACCGCGUCAAGCUCGUCAACCUGGGCUUCGCCACUCUCCGUGAGCACGUCCCCAACGGCGCGGCCAACAAGAAGAUGAGCAAAGUGGAGACGCUGCGCUCGGCCGUCGAGUACAUCCGAGCCCUGCAGCAGCUGCUCGACGAACACGACGCCGUCAGCGCUGCCUUCCAGGCCGGCGUCCUCUCGCCCACCAUUUCCCCCAAUUACCCCAACGACAUGAACUCAAUGGCAGGCUCGCCUGUCUCCUCGUACUCCUCGGACGAAGGGUCCUACGACCCCCUCAGCCCCGAAGAGCAGGAACUGCUGGAUUUCACCAACUGGUUCUGAGAGGCCCUGGUGGCCCUGGCCGCGUUGACUUUGCAGCAGGACUUCCUGAAAAAUAAUUCCAUCUUACUACCACUGUUUUUCCCUUUCAUUGUGGAAAGGAAAGCCAAGACACUGAAGCACAGAAGGAAUUAAACUUCCUCUCCACAAAACCUGAAGCACUCCCAAAUUCUGCCUUUGCACUCCAGCUGUUUAAAGAGACAUACAGCCCAGGUCUGUGGGCAUGUACUAGGAAAUAAAGUCCACUGAGCUGAAUAGGACUUACUAUUCCCAAUAUGUAUGCAUAGAAUUGCAGACCAAUGCUUCAAUCUCUUAUACACUUACUGAAAGUGGGGCUUACUUGCAAGUAAACAUGUAAAAUCAAGCUGCAGACUAUGGACCUAGAAGCAAAAGGGAGGGUUGUAAUGUGAAAACAUCUAUCUACCUAUUCUUUACCCCCAAAGUUAAAUUAUACUGCCUAUUUCACUACUGCCUAUUCAUAAAUCUUCAACAGAACCAGGAGCUUCCCUUUUUACUGAAACACAAUAUUGCCUCUUCCCCCUUUCCAAAAAUGUUUUCACUACUUUCUGGCCAUAAGUUGAAACAAAACCUAAUUAUAUGUGUCAAGAAGUAACAGAAUUCAUUCAGAUAUAAUUAUAUGUGGUCAGACCAAUAUUAAGCACAUUUACUAAAUUCAGUAAAUUUAUUUUGAAAUGUGUGUGAAAAAGGCCUGCCAUCCUAGUUGCCUAAUGCUUGUGAAGCUGUGGAAACUCCAAACUACGCUCUACUUAAACAAUCCUCUUAAAUAUGUCUUCUCCAAUCUUUGUCUACUUUCCCACUAACACUGCCACUAUAAAAUGCUUCCAUUUUUUUCUUGCAAUCUUUUUAUUAUAUAAAAAAUUCUAUUUGUAUCAACCCUAACCAACUUGGGGAAUAUAUUAAGCUAUUUUUGUAUAUAAGAGCCAGAGAAAUUUAUAGCCUUUUUUUGUACAAAUGGUAUAAAAUAUGUAUAUCUUGAUAACUUUUUUAAAGAUAUGUGAUGCUUAUUACCUCUUCCUAUCUAGAUGUGUAGACAAUAUGACCUUACAACUGCCAUGUUUUUGUUAUGGGGUUUUGUAAAGGACUUGGGAAUGCCUCCAAAUGUACUUUAGCACCAAUGUGUCUUACUUUUUUAUAGAAAGUUUGCUAAUGUAUUAAUAAACAAUGUUCAAAAUGAACAAACUUUAUGCAGCUAUUGUCCAAACACAAAAUGGUAGCUAUUUAUUUUACAAGCUGCUGCCUUUUGAAGAAAAAAGAAGGGGAAACACUCUUCUAUGGCCUUUCCAUUCUGUUUUAUUAUAAACUCACAAAAGUCACGUGUAACAACAUUUUAUACAAAUUAGUUUGGUAAUAAACUUUGUUUCAUUUAAAAUGAA